AUGCGCAAGCUGUUCCCUCUGAUCUCGGCCUUUGUCGCCUUUCAGUGGACUGCUGCAGACCCAACGUCGACCCCGACCAACAAUCGCACGGAAGAUGAUGACCUUCUCGACAAGUCCACUCUUGCCCUUCAUCUGACGACCGACGAGUAUGGCACGCCGAGAUCCUUUGGAACGCACGAUUCAGCUAUAUUCGGGGACGGUCACGUUCGCUCGAACAACGAGAGGAGAAGUUUUUGGUCGUCGCUCACCUCAACAGUAGUCGAUGUGGUAUCACACCUGAGCAAACUUGGUAAGGUCGUGUACUCAGGAUACAAAACCGGUCCUAUGGGCGCUCAAAUGAGGAAUGAAGCGCUUCAUGACAUUCUAAAGGGAAGGAUAUUACGCCUUAAACGGCUAAUGGAUCGCGAUCCUUCGUAUACCCCCGAUGCUGCCGUUCAGCAACUGAAAAUCAUCGGAGGAACAACGCAGUCCGUGGCGACCUUAAUGUACUUCCGUGACGUCGAUGGUAUGAAAGACUUUGCCCACAGCUUGCUGAGAGCGAUGGCCGUGAGUAAAACAGACGCUGAUAAGUUUGUUCUUAUUGCGUGUCUGGACGCUCGCGUAAGCCCUGAGGAAGUCUUCGAUAUGCUGCCCAUCUCGGAGGAUCUCUUGAAGCAUGGUGUUGGAGAGUCCGCGAGGUGGUAUGAGGUCAAUCGUAACCUCGAGCAGUGGCUACAGUAUGUGAAGCGCACAAACUUUCGACGAGGGACGGGGGCAAACACGAGGAGUGGUGAAGGACAUCAGGUGAACGUGGAUAAUCCCUACCGUCCUGAACCUUUAAUCGUCGACAUUCUGAUGGACAAGGGCAACCCAAAAGAUGUAGUGGCGUUUUUUGAAUAUCUUCGAGUGGAAAAUGAUGAGCAUCUGAUAGUGGAGAAGGCGCAUCGACUAUUGCUGGCCAAAUACCAAGAUCGGACUGAAGAGCUGAUGUUGAGGACGUGGGCGAAUGCUGAUUUGAGCCCUUAUACCGUGAUCAAAUUGAUGCCUUGGGCAGAUUUCGAUCAGUUUGCAUUCCGAGUCGCGAUGAAUCCGAUACCCCAGGACGACAUCAGUGACAGGCUCGGACAGGUUCUUAGGUAUGUGAACCUGUACCGAGAAAGUCAUGAAUUCGACGAAAAUGCAGUCGUUAAACUACUGCAAGGGGAUAAAACGAUCGAGGAACUGCGGGCAUAUCUCAUGUUGUUUGAAGGCCAUCAGGACGAGGAUGGGCGAUCAAAAGAGCUCUUACAAGCUGUACGUGGCAUACAUCGGCCUACUAUAGAAGAAAUGGACCGCACGGAGGCGAUCCUAUCUGAUAUUCGUGAGGGACGCCCACCCUGGUCGGUCACUGAGGUUAAUCGUUGGUGA